AAUUUGGUAGAUAGAAUGCUGCUGUUCGUCCUCUUCCGGUCUGAGACCAAGCAAAGCAUUGGAAUCAAAGACGAAGGUUAUGGCUUCUACUGCCCCAAUUGGCAAUUGCGGGGGAAAAGGCCACGCGGAAAGCAAAGAAGAGGAAUCUGAGAGAAGAAUGGGUACCAUCAUUGCCAUAGGCCUAAAGCAAACCAAAGCGAGCAACGGCCCAAAACUCGGGAUCACAACACGCAGCGCAGGGGCCCGAGUUUUGAGCUUCCAUUUCCUCCAUCAGAAUUCAGCAGCGGCUCACAGGUCCUUGAGGUCAACAGGGGAAAACAGGAAAAAGAAAAGGAAAACCUCACCACCUUUUCCUUUCGUACCAAGUAAAACCGCCCAACAACACGUCUCUCUCCGCCUUCUAUAUUAAAUUCCCCCCCUCCCCCCCCCCCUAGUUUCUCCAGAAGCUUCGUUAUCCUCCCCUCCCCCAACAAGAAAAAAAAAAAACGAACACUCCAUAUGUAAAUCUCUGUUUGUGCUUUUGGAGUUGAAUAUCAUCUGAUCAUUGGUCGUUGGAAUAUGGGCACCGAAAAGCUUCUGAGCGUUGAUCCACUGGAGCUCAAAUUUCCGUUCGAGCUGAGGAAGCAGAUCUCGUCGUCUUUCCAGUUGUUGAAUAAGACUGAUAAUCACGUUGCUUUCAAGGUGAAGACAACCAAUCCCAAGAAGUACUCUGUCCGACCUAACAAUGGCAUUGUUUUACCGCGAUCUACCUGCAGUGUUAUUGUUACAAUGCAGGCCCAAAAGGAGCCACCUGCAGAUAUGCAAUGCAAGGAUAGGUUUCUUGUUCAGAGUGUGGUCACACGCCCUGGUGUCUCCUCGAAGGAUGUCAGCCCGGAAAUGUUUAACAAGGAGGCGGGUAAUCACGUUGAAGAGUGCAAACUGAGAGUUGUUUAUGUUUCACCCCCCAAACCACCAUCACCAGUUCCUGAAGAAUCUGAGGAAGGGUCUCCGCCUAGGACCUCUGAAUCUGAAAAUGGGAAUUUUAAUACCUCUGAAGUGGCUGCUAUUUCAAGAGAAAAUUUUGAAGUUCAGGGCAAGUCAGCUGAGGCUAAGAAUCUUUUUGUGAAGUUGACCGAGGAAAAGAAUCACACUGCUCAACAAAAUGAAAAGCUUCGUCGAGAACUGGAAAUGUUGAGGCAUGGUAGUACAAAAAGCAAUGGCGUACCUUUCCUCUAUGUUGUCCUUAUUGGCUUGCUUGGCAUUCUUCUGGGUUAUUUUGUGACUAAUUCAUGAUCAGCCCUGGGUAUACAUCUCCUUGUUUCUUAUUAGUUCUCUCCACCAACCACCGAAUGAGGAACUGAUAAUCAUACGAAGAAAGAUCUAUAAUCUGUUAAGGGUGACGCAUUUCUUGUUUAUAAGUUGUGUCUGGAUUUAGAAAGCAUGCUGAAGGCAUUUGUAACUGAAAAUCAUGUGGGAAUGACAUUUUAUUUUCUUAA